UAGAGGGCGGAGCUCGGUGCGGUGAGGUAGUGGGCGGUUCUCGGAGCAGUGACGCAGCCGGUGGUUGUUGACGUGGCCGUAGCAGUUGUCGGUGUGUCGGUGAGGCGGAAGGAUGAGUGAGCCCCAUAAGCAGGAUAUUGUCGCCAUCUUCAAGCGGCUCCGGUCAGUCCCCACUAAUAAGUCAUGCUUCGACUGUCGAGCCAAGAACCCCAGCUGGGCCAGCAUCACAUACGGUGUUUUUUUAUGCAUAGACUGCUCAGGAACACACAGAUCUUUGGGAGUGCACCUAAGUUUUAUUAGAUCAACCGAAUUGGACUCAAAUUGGUCAUGGUUUCAGCUUCGAUGUAUGCAAGUUGGUGGAAACACCAAUGCGACUACCUUCUUUCGACAACAUGGCUGUACCACAAAUGACUCAAACGCGAAAUACAACAGUCGAGCAGCAAACCUGUACAGGGAGAAAAUUAAAGCGCUUGCGUCACAAGCAACAAGGAAACAUGGCACUGAUCUGUGGAUAGAUGGCUGCGGGGUCCCACCACUCCCACCCUCACCGCAACAAAAGGAGGAAGAUUUCUUUGCUGCACACGUUGAGCAGGUCAUUGACACAAGUAGUACAGACUGGACACAGACACUGAUGACAUCAGAACCUGCUUUACAGAGUCCUCCACAAACCAUCGCUGAUGGCAAAGAAGGUGAUCCAGAGAUUGGGCCAAGUGUGGAUUGUCUAAGUAUGUCCCCAAAAGCUGCUUUAGACGAUUCUAUGAAUUUAGUAUCUGCAGGAAGCACAUCUCUGACAGAAAUCAGUUCCUCGCUGAUUAAGAAGAAGCCUGGCACAGCCAAGAAAGGGCUUGGUGCCAAGAAAGUAGGCAUGGGGGCUCAGAAAGUGAGUGGAAAAAGCUUCAAUGAGAUUGAAAAACAAGCUCAGGCCGUAGAUAAGCUGAAGGAGCAGGAACUGGUCAAUGCCCCCAAGAAAACCGAGGAGCCAGUGGUUGCGUCUCUACGUCUAGCAUACAAAGAGAUGGAAAUUCAGAAGCAGAAAGAUGAGGAAAGGAUGAAAAAUAUGCCUGCUAGCAAGAAGGCAGAAGCAGACCGUCUUGGGAUGGGAUUCGGCAACCGCAGCGGAAUCUCUCAUUCGGUCCUUUCUGAGAUGCAAACUAUCGAGCAGGUAGCCCCAAGGAAAACCAAACCCAAAAAGAUUUACCAGGAGGAAGAGCCAGAGGAUUUCUUCUCAAGUUCCUCGCGGUCCCGAUACCGGGAGGAUCCGCUGGACCCCGUCAGCUCUUCUUUUCUGAGAUGGGAUGAGAGUUCUGAUAAUUUUUGGAAGAAGGACACUUCAAGCAAUGACUUCGAUAUGACUUUGAGUUCCAAAUCCACAACCAGCUAUGACGACAGACCAGCCACUCGCCGUAAGCAUGACAUAGAGCCAGGCCCCAUUGUAGAAGAUGCUCAGAAGAAGUUUGGAAACGCCAAAUCAAUAUCCUCUGACAUGUACUUUGGGAAGCAAGACAAUGCCGAUUAUGAGACCAGAGCACGGCUGGAGAGACUCUCUGGAAACGCCUCCAUCAGCUCUGCUGACUUGUUUGAUGAGCAGAAAAAACAGCCUGGUGCGAAUUACAGCCUGUCCAAUGUUCUACCAACUGGCCCGGAUAUGGCGAAUUUCAAACAAGGUGUAAAAUCGGUAGCAGGAAGGCUUUCCGUACUGGCCAACGGGGUUAUGACCACCAUUCAGGACCGAUAUGGAUCUUAACGGCUUAAAUGAUUAUGUUGGGCACGAAGACCGGACAUCCACAUCAUGUGCCAGGAAACUGUGGCUUUUCAAUUCCCGCCAGGUUAAAGAGAAACGUACACUGUUUUACUGUGCCUUUAUCUCACAUGUGCGCAACGUGGAGAUCCUGAAGUUUGUUCCCUUCGUCUUAUGGAUUUUUGGGUUUAUUUUCACCAGCAUCAAGCAAAAAAUGCAUCCUCUUUUACGGUCUCUACUUUAAGCUUGGUGUACAGAGGACCACGAAGUGAAGGCAAAUUAUAGUCUGGACUGCUAAAGCUUAAUCUUUUUUUUUAUUGUAUAUUAUAGGCCACUAAGGAUAUCCAUGCUAUAAAAAUCUACACCAAACAAUAGAACACUUUCCUCUUUUAAUGCCUGCAUUGCAGAAUAUCCUUUUUGAGCUAAUAAUUUAAUGUUGCUAUUUAUCUUGUAAUUGUAAUCAAUAGUUUAUUAUCUGUGUGCAGCCUUUGAUUUCAGAGGAACUACAAGUCCAAGCAUUCUGGGUCCUAUAGUUCCAAGACAACUCGAGGAGCCUACAGUAAAUAAUAGACACUAGUGGGCGAUUUAUUUCGACCAAAGUCACAAGGAAUACUCAGGUAUUAGUGCUUAUAGGUAGAACGGCAUUGUCGUUUUUUCUGAUUAAAAAUGGACCAGUUACAAACCUCUGGCUGCAUGACAAUCAUUUUCCUCAAUGUAAUAAUCAGUCAGUCUGUUCAGAGAGAUAACAACUGUAUAACAGUCUGUCUUUAACAAAUUUAUUAAAAUGGACAUUCCAUGGCAAAUGGCAGCUUUUUUCCCGGUAUUCGUAAGCAUUUGUGAGGAGAAAAAUACAUUUUUCUAAAAUAUAUAUAUAUUUGCUCGCCCAUACUGAUGUCAUGCCCUAGCAGAUAUUCUGCGUAUCAGUGGGCUAAUUCCUCUGCUCAUAGACUUAUCCACCAUUUAACCCUUGCAUUCGGUUGAGGUUCCACUGCGAGGGUAAUUCUUCUUAAUUUUUUUUUUUUUUUUUUUUUAAUGUGGCCUGGAUUGGGGCUUUUAAGGUGGAACUAAACCCUCCCUCCUGUCCCCAUGGACAGUGCCAUUUGUGUUGCAUUGGUGGCAAGAUGUUAAAAAUAAAUGCAUUCAUAGAACAUUUCUAA